AGUUACACUAAAGCUGCUGCUCACUCCACCUAUUCGACAGACCUUUCUAGCCAUACACUUACCCAUACUCUAUAUCGCCUUUACCUGAAUGGCCGCAGCAACCGUAGCAACUCAGUCACACCUAAUUAUCCAGCAACAACAGCAUCACCUUAUCCGACCUAUUCAAUACACUACUACUGUAACCCCACUCAAAGUUACUUUUACUACUACCUCUAGUAUGCCAGCUAAUGUAUCUUCCACAACUACCCAUUUGGAUGCUGUUUCACUGACACACCAGCAGUCUGGCAAUCUCCUAAAGAGCCAAUCAAAUAAACCUUCCAAGAACCACCGCUCUAGCGAUGGUAAUAUCCUAAACUCGCGCAGUAAUAGCAAACGCUCCGGAAAAGCAACACCUAAAGAGAAUCCCAAGUGUAAUGUAACUGAUAAAGGGAACGAUCCAAGUAAGCUUUCUAAACAGCUGAAACAGCAGGACCAUGACAAUCCCAACCAACGGUCCAAAAAGCAGAGUUACACUCCUAAACCGUCGCAUGGAGCCAGUCCCAGUGCUGCACGUGGCCCAAAGAGGGAGCCAAAACAAACUCCUGCAACACAUGAAAGACCAUCGACCAGCAAGCAACCCAAUGCGCCUGCUGGGAACCUGUGUGAAUCUACUGAUGGCAAUACUAACUCUAAUGACUCCAUCAGUCCAACCUCCAACGACAGCAGUCCUGCCACUACUCCUAAAACUUCACGCAAAAAGAAACAACUUCCUUGUCUUGCUGUUCCUGUAUCUACUGUAGUCCAUGCAGCACCUCAAUCUGCUCAAUCACUCCGCAAACCUCAAUCUCAUCAGGCACUUUCCUUGAAAGUCUCCGUUCAGCCAACUGGUUCUACUCGUACCCGUCGUCUAUCCGUCCCACUAGUCAGUGCAACUGACACACUCACCAACUCUCGAUAUGCUACUACGGCUUCUGCCACUAGUUCUGGAGUGGACUCGACUCUUCGCGGCGACAGUCCAUAUGCUGGCGCUACAUUCCAAAACUCUCCCGCUGCCUCUGCUCUGCCUAUUCCCAUGUUCUCUCGCUCCAUCGAUCGUGAUGCUUCUCCUUGGACUACUGGGAAAGCACAUUUAAACCAUACGGCUACUACACCUACUGCUGGCGCAAAUAUGUAUUUACAUCAUGAUCGCUCUGGAAGCAGUGUUACGUCUAUAUCCGAUUCCCAUCAGCAACAAUACCACAAUGAUCAAUAUCCUAUACUGUAUUCUCCUUCUCAGAACGCCAUUUCACGGAGACCUCCUGCAUCAAGUCUUUCUUUACAGUCUUCUGAUUUAGAGCCCAUGUUUGCAUGCGAAGAUGGAGGAAUAGACUCUCAUGAAGACCUACGAAACAAAUCUCGCAACCUUCUUGCCAUGCUAUCUGCUGCCGAUCAGUCCGGAUAUGCAGAGGAUAGAUCUCAAGGAGUUAUUCUCCGUCAAACUAGACCCCUUAUGCCUGCUGGCAUGAUAGCUACUUCCCCAUUCCAUCUACAAUCCUCACAACAGCAUCCAUAUGGGCAGCCUUAUAUUCAUCUCCAAACAAGCCAAGAUGCCUUUGCCUUUUCCAUGGCAUCUUCUGUAGACUCCCCUGCCGCUAUGCCUUCCCCAGUGUAUCAGCCCAAUCCCAAUCAUCAGUUUGAUCAGUUCCAACAAACCCAACACCGUCCUUUAAUGCCCCCUUAUGGUAAUCUCCAACCCCAUAUGUUUAUUCCAGUCUCCCUUUCAACUGCCCCUAUUCUCCACAAUCGACCCGAACUUGCAGAUUUAAGUCAGCACCUGAAACAUGUUCUUGGCCUUGGUUCACAAUAAAGCCUUGUUUCUCCACC